ACUUGGAAUUGUCACGUUGGAUCGUCUAUGUAAUAAUACCAGAACUUCCUGUGGAACGGAAAGAUGACAAGGGUGGUAGUGUUUGCGAUAGAAAAGAUUUUUAUAUUGGUUCUGGGUUUUGGCAAAGGU